AUGUUAGCUGAGACCGAGAGAAGGGCAGGAUGUGGUGUAUUCUGGGGUAGAGACGACCCUAGAAACGUCAUAGAGAGACUGUGGGGCUCCCAAACUAACCAGAGAGCUGAACUGUGGGCUAUUGUACGAGCCGUGCAGACCGCGCUGCAGUCAGACUACGAGGCUCUGGAGAUCAGGACUGACUCUCAGUAUGUUAUCAGUGGACCAAUGUCCUCACGACACAGUGAAUCAGCGACGGCGUCAAUAGCUCACUCCAAAUCAAGUCAUGGUCCAGCCCCUGAACCAGAACCGAGCAUUGUCACCAAAAAACGGAAACGAAACACCGAACCCAGCGACGAUUCUGAUAGCUGCAUCACCAGUUUCCUCAAGCGAGUCCCAGAAGUUGAGAGAAACUUUGAUAUUAUAGAUGUUUUGGGAGACGGAACGUUUAGUUAUGUGUUUCAUGGCAAGCCUAAAAAUAUCGCUUCGGAAGCAUCAUUUGCUUUGAAGUACAUCAUUCCAACAUCGGCUUCUUGGAGGAUCACAAAUGAGAUCAGGUACUUGAAGAGACUGGGAGGGAAGCACCACGUGUGCGAUAUAAAGUGCAUCAUCCGGCACCAGGAUAAUGUGGUGCUGGUUCUGCCCUACUUUAAAGCCACCAAGUUUCUGAAAGUCGUUCAGGAUUCAAACCAGUGGGAAAUACAAAAAUAUUUGAAAGCUUUGUUUGAAGCUUUGGCCCAUGUUCACAGAUUCAACGUUAUUCACAGAGACAUCAAGCCUAGUAAUUUUCUGUAUGAUAGAGAGAAAGGGGAGUUUCUUCUGGUGGAUUUCGGGCUGGCCGAGGACAUGGUAGUUGAAGAUAAGGAAAAUAAACAAAAUACCAAACGGAAGCACGAUCACAAUGUUAAGAAUGAAUUGACAAACUUUGACAGGAACCAACGAUCACAGAGACCCAACAUUCUGAGAGACAGGAGUCCCAGAGUGCAGGAAAAGAAGAAGAGUUUCUUCAGCAUGUCCAAGAACUCCUCCAAAAACUCAAGCAGUAAAACCUCCAAAUCAUCAAGUUCCAAAUCGUCCAAACGAGAAUGUGCCCAUGCAGGUAAUGAGAUCUGUAACACCUGUCUGUUAAAACCAGGCCAGGAAGCAUCCCGUGCGGGUACACCAGGCUUCAGAUCCCCGGAAAUGCUAAUGAAACACCCCCAACAGACAACUGCUGUGGAUAUCUGGGCAGCUGGUGUCAUAUUCCUUAGUCUCCUGAGUAUGAGAUACCCCUUCUUUAAAGCUGCUGACGAUCUGACCUCGCUAUGUCAGAUUAUCACCCUGCUGGGUAGCGACAUGAUAAUUGCGGCUGCUAAGAGCAUUGGCAAGCAGGUGACCCUGUCCAAGUCGGUGACUGGGUGGGAGCUUAAGAAGAUGUGUACGAGACUAAGGGAGAGUAGUCACAUCUCUAGGUGUGAGAGGUGUGAUGCGAACAAUGUGGAGGAAGACCGGAGUAAGGCGUGCGCUUUGCAGCCUUUUGAAGAUUCUGCAUUUGAUCUUCUCUCACGCUGCCUUGAUCCUAACCCCAACUCAAGAAUAACUGCUGAACAAGUUUUGAAGCAUGAAUUUUUCUCUUGUAAUCACCCGCCCCCUCUGCACAGACCGAAAUGGCUCUGA